UCACUUCGUUGUUGUUCUGAUUGGCUAUAUCACUCUCGCCUCGUCCCUCACAGUUGCCAUCUAUUUCAUUUGAUCAAGCCGCUGGCAACUCCGUUCCAGGUGUCGAUUCAAGCCAUCAAUCUCACCAUCACGGUGAAUGUCGUGGUCCAGGCCACCGCUUCUGCCUUCUUUGCCCCAAUGUCAGAUUCAUUUGGCCGUCGACCUCUCCUCCUCUUCAGGUUUGCGACAUACGUAGCAGCUAACACCAGACUGGAGAUCAAUUAAAGCAAUUAUGUGGCCUUAUUAGUUCUUAGAGGACUUCCAAACGCUGGCGGCUCGGCAGUGGUCGCCAUUGCGUCCGGCUUUAUUGUGGAUGUCGCUGUCCACGCGAAUCGUGGCAGCAUGCUCGGGCCUGCCAUGGGUACUACUCAUUUGGCACACUAUAUUGGACCUGGUGUUAGGCGGCUUGAUAACGCUGAAGACCGGCGACUCGGCGUGGGUGUUCUGGACCCUCGCUAUAUUCGGGGCCAUUGCAUAUUAUGCUAAGGCUCGACGUAAGCGCCACCGGAGUAGGGUAAAACUGGCCGGGGGAAACUCGUA